ACUAGAGUACUUUAUUACAUUAUUAAUACAGAUUAAUCAAGGCGCAGACAGGCAAAAAGAACUCGAUUUAGAAUCGACUGUGCCUCGCGAUUCGAUCAGCUCCGAUUCGAUUUAAAGGAUGUAGCUAUUAUAAACCUAUCCAAUCAAUUUGAAGCCAGUUCUUAGAGGUGCCCUUUCUUUUUGGACGAUUUUCGCUGUUAUAUUAAGUACCAUGAACAGAUUAACGAUCUCUUUGAAGUAUUAGGAGAGUAGAGAUUAAUGAGAAGUAAUUAUUUACGCCGAGAAAAUUCCGCUCCCGUAUGGAUUUCGGGAAAUUCACUCUUAUCGCUAUGCUAGCCUAUUACUUCCAUUAUGGAAUCUACAUGACAUACUCUGUUAAGAUUGCGAAGAAAAUAAAUGAGAUUGAUGUCAUUAUUCAGUUGGCAACACUGGAUGUUUAUCAACCAAUCCGGCCAUUCAGCCAAAAAUCGGUCAAGGCCAAAAAUUUUAGCAUUUAAAAAAAAAAUCCGUCUUCACUUUCUUCAUAGGCUGUUUGACAGCGGCUACCUACGUAUGUUUAUGGUUCUAUCUUAUUCUUGCAAAAAAAAUGCAAAACGAUCGAGGUUCAAUUGCGUUCCGACUGGAGUCAUGAGCGCAUUGAGUUAUAAUAGUCUUUAAAAUAUAUUCACUGUGUCGACGACUAACAUUUUACGUUCCUGUACAUAAAUAUAUCGUAUAAUUAAAACUCAGUUGUGGAAUCCAUCUCCGAGCUAUUAUCCAGAAUCCAUUAAUAUCCUUCAAAGCCUCAGAAAGGAUGCAAAAUAGAACAAAAUUGUCCAAAUGGUUUGUUCCCCUUGGCUCCAGAAAAUUAUAUGCUUUUUAAACGACUUUAAAAAAGGAGGAGGCUCUGAAUACUUUUUUAAUAUGUUACUCGAUUACGCGAAGGCGGCUGGACUGGAUAUGAAAAAUUAUUUUUCCUUUAUAAAGCUAAACAAUCUUAACGUGUCCUUUUAUUAGUCUCCUGCGUUUUCGUCCGUGUUUUGUGAUGAGUUACGCCUUAACGUCUUAUUUAUCUCUGGGCCAAAUUCAUAAAAAUCGGUUCAGUAGUAAUCUCGAGACGAAACCAUGACUCGAUCGAGCGUCUCGUUGUCCAAGGCAAGGUUGAAGGCACUAGGCCGCGUGGAAGGUCGCCAAUCAGAUGGACUGACCAGGUGAAGUCGCUGGUGGGGGAACCUACACGAGUGCACCAGGGAGAGAUGGCGGGAAUCAAAAACCAUGUUGACCACGACUCUGUCAAGAGUGAUACGAAUAAGAUGAUGAUGAUUCCACGAAACACAGAAAAGCGUGCAAUAAUUUUCCUAUAUAAUUUCCUCUGUCAUAUUGAUACCACACUGGUACAAACCAACAACAACUGAACAAACUGAAACAAACCAACUGAAUCACAUAAUAAUGUUUCGUACCACGGUUAAAAUACCUUUCCCAAACUAUUAUGAGGGCAUCUCUGCAAAAAGAAACAAGCAAAGAUUUUACGUUCAAAAGAACAUUAGAGUUUUACUCUAUUUUCCUUCGAGGACUUGUAGUAACACAGCAAGGACUUUAAAAGACUUUACAAAUUUACCAAUAUCCAAAAACAAAUUAAAACAAACCUUAAAUAUAUAACAGUAAAAUUUAAAGAAUAUGCAUAGUUUAAUAUGGAACGCGAAAACAAAACAUACUAGUUUUUGCAGAAAAAUAAUCAAAAUUAGAUCUUGUCGUGACCGAAUAGAGUUCAACUAAAAUGCAGAUGGAUUUAAUGCGAACCUGUGCUAAGUUAUUUAUACAUGCGAACCAGACCAAUAACGAUCUUAUUUUAAGCAUAUAAGGAUGGAUAGAGGUGCAUUGAAUAGAGUUUUCAUUUUUGCUUUGCUCGGGCAGCGACCUUUCUGGAAGAUGUAUUCUCUGCUAUGCCACAGUUCUUUCUUUGAAUCCAAAGAACAGAGUCGUGACUUCUUCAUUAAAAAUAAAAACUUUACUGCUUUCAUGUAUUCCUAGUACCUUUACGGUGGUAAUAUAGCAAGGUCAAUUUAUCAAUGUCCGUGGUAUCAGAGUAUCAUCUGUUAGAAAAAAAAAACAUAUUUUUCUGCAUUAUGAAACUUUAAAAGUUAGUUCUUAAGUUACAUAAAAGUAAGUACUUAUUAUGGUAAAUUUAAAUGAAAGUAUGAUAUGUUUCUAUUUUUAAGUAUGACGUUUGUAUUGUAAGGGGAUUUGUAUAUUGGUACACUGAGGCACAGAAUUAUAUAAUACUUAGCAGUAACUGAGGAUAAUAUAUGGGGCUAUAUAUAUCUUAGGGAUUAGGAGUAUUGUAAAGAGUCAGCAGGAAUUUAUGGUGCUUAUUAUAAUGUAUAUCGUUAACGUACGGACAUUCAGUUAUGGAUAAAAUAACAUAGCCAAAUAUAGAUAGCUAACUACUAUGUGAACUACUAUGUUUUAUACUAUAGAUGUAUAAAUCAUCUCAGAAGUUUCUGGUGUUGGACGUUAAACGAUCAUCGGUUACCAAAUAUUAAAUAAAAUAAAAUUAAGGUUUAAAGGGAAAGUUCUCAAAUUGUAUAAAACAAUUCAAUGGCCCGCUUUCUACGUUGCAGUCACUUAUAGAAUUUCCUGUGUCAAAUAAAGUAAUUGGCGCAUUAGGCAUUUCUUAUAUUCGACGGGAGUUGAAGAAAGCGAAAUUAUGUUGUUAUGUUGGUUGGUACUGUGUUAGUGUCACAUUGGAAUGGUGUUUAGUUCACGAAGCCACUCACAACAUGCAUUCAGCCAUGAUUGUGGCAGUACAGACAGACAAAAUUACAAAAAAAAAUGUUUUGGCUUGUAUUAGUAUAUAGACCAUAAAGACCCCCCCAUAAGAUCCUAUGUACAGACAUAGCUCAUUUACAGUCUUAGUAGUGAAUGUAAAUAAAAUAAAAAUUAAUGAUAUGAAAUAAAAACAAUAAACGCAGUCAUUGAUAUUCUUCACUCGCCCCAUCAUAGACGCAAUUGAUUGCCUCCUAUGCGGUGCUAGUAUACUUAUAAUAAUAUACAGUAAGGUUUAAAAUACGCUGAUCGAUUGGCAAAUCGCAAAAAGACAAUGGGCUGUCCACGACAUCAAAAACUAUGGGUCAUGCUAUAAUUCAAAUUCAUAGCACGAUUUUCCAUAUAAAAAUUUAUUUGCAUUCUAUUUAUCGUCUCAUUUUAAAACAAACUCUUUUACUCGGCAAUAAGGUCUAAUAUAGCUAGCGCUAGUCUCUGCACGCAAAUCAUGAUAAGAUUCUGAAGAAUCGCACUGCGCUGAUUUUACAGUUAGGAAAAUUUAAAUCAUUCGAUUUUAGAACUUAAUGUUUGGAAUGAUGGUCGCUGUGUAGAUUGGAAGUUAUUUUCAGGAUGUUUUGUUGAGUGUUAUACCUUUUUCCUUAAUUUUUUUCUUCGGUACAGAAUGCAUUUUCUUUCCGUCAUUCUUUUACAUCCUAUUUGCCUAAUACAAGUAAUAACUUAAAGUAAAUUCUAUUACAAAAAAAAAGUAUCAAACCUAUUUUGUAAAUAAAGCACAAGAAAUAAUCUAUGUCGUCUGUCAAUUAAUAAAAGUCAUAAUUUAACUUCAAUUUGACUUCAAUCUAUUGAAACGUCUAGCGUAUCACAGCUUCAAUAAUGGCGAAUUUAUUAAAAUCAACUAACAAUUCUUUGAUCGAGGAAACAAUUUUGAUAAGUCAAACAAAGCCAUUUUUGAAGCCCUACGACUGGCUUGAAGAAGCCGCGAUUUACAACAAACGGUACGAGCAGGUCCCAGCGGCAUGGUUCAGAGAAAAUGCUGACGUCCUUGUUUUACUAUUUACGGCUCGUGGUGUAGACAAAGAUGGCAUGAUCCAGAAAUUCUACACCAUAUACGAAACUAUCAAAAUCGGAAACCUGCCUAUAGAAGUCAUUUAUGUACCUAUGGAUGACACAGAGGCUGAUAUGAUAGAAUGCUACCAAAACCAAGCAAAUUGGUUUGCUCUUAAGUUUCAUGAUCCCCUAGUACACGUGCUGAAAUUCAUGUACGGAAUUACAUGUAUUCCUCAUAUUUAUGUACUCAAAAUCGAUGGUACAAUAAUUUCCACCCAUGGGAUUUUGGAUUUGGUGAAAUAUGAGAAAAAUGCUAUCAUGACCUGGUUGUCUACUUCUUCCACGAUGAAGCAACAUAGGAAGUUGGUAAAUGAAACUGUAUAUGACACCAAGUGGAAGUACGUGGUGUACGAUAGCAAUGUAGACGAGAAAAAAGACUAUCAUAGGAAAUUCAGUUCUGAGCCCGAAAGUCCCUGACGAUUUUUAUAAAUUUAGUUUUCUUAGUAAAAAAAUUGUACCUAGAUGUAUAACUAUGAUUAUGUAUAAUUUAUGCUAGCAUAACCUAGCUAUAACCCAAAAUACAAAGUACAAAUAAAAUGAAAAA